ACAUCAGUGAAGUCAAUGGAAAACCCUAACGCCAUCUGAUUUUUUGGGAUAGAUCGAUGGAGAAGAGAGACCGCAGCUAGCACGGUCGAGGAGAGAGACAAAGCAAAGCGGACGACGAGACAGGGCGAAGCGGACGGUGUGACGGUGAAGUAUUUGAAGGGAGGAGGCGGCAGUUGGUGUUGGUUGUGGUGGUAGUUUUGCUGAUCAUUUGUGGUAGAAGUUAGGAGAAGUAAAUUUUGAAAAUGAGUUCAGACAGCAGGAGCCGGAGCCGGAGCCGGAGCAGGAGUCCAAUGGAUCGGAAGAUCCGAUCUGAUCGAUUUUCCUAUCGUGAUGCGCCUUACAGGAGAGAUUCACGCCGGGGCUUCAGCCGAGACAAUUUGUGCAAGAACUGCAAAAGGCCUGGUCAUUAUGCUAGAGAAUGCCCUAAUGUUGCAAUCUGCCACAACUGUGGUCUACCCGGGCACAUUGCUUCUGAAUGCACGACGAAAUCACUGUGCUGGAAUUGUCGAGAACCUGGUCACAUGGCCAGCAACUGUCCAAAUGAGGGCAUUUGCCAUACCUGCGGUAAAGCUGGACAUCGUGCCAGAGAAUGCACUGCUCCUCCAUUGCCUCCAGGGGACUUAAGGUUGUGUAAUAACUGUUAUAAGCAGGGCCACAUUGCUGCAGACUGUACAAAUGAGAAGGCAUGCAAUAACUGUAGGAAGACUGGCCAUCUGGCACGUGAUUGUCCAAACGAUCCCAUUUGUAACUUGUGCAAUGUUUCUGGGCACGUGGCUAGACAAUGUCCAAAAUCCAAUCUUCUUGGAGACCGCAGUGGGGGUGUUCGUGGUGGCGGAUACCGUGAUGUUGUAUGUAGAAACUGCCAGCAAUUGGGUCACAUGAGUAGGGAUUGCAUGGGGCCCUUGAUGAUUUGUCACAAUUGUGGGGGUCGAGGUCACCUGGCAUAUGAGUGCCCUUCCGGUCGGUUCAUGGAUCGCUACCCGAGGAGGUACUGAUGGAUGACAGGUCGUGGGUCUGAGGUUAUAGAGGAUUAUUUUUCUCUGAUUUUUAGUGAGCUUGGAUUGCUCAAGUUUAGAGUAUCUUAAGAUUGAACUUGAUAGCACAUGUGUUGGUUUUGAUCUUUUGCUUGGCAGAUACGCGUGGAUCUAUUGGUAUUCUAGGAUUUGAUUUUGCUUGUUUUUCUUUGAAUAAGAUACUUGCUACUGAUCAGAGAUGUGUUAUCACAUGUUUUUGUGUUACCA